CUUUUUUUGCUGCAACCUGAACGUGAACACUUUGACGUGAAUAUUCGAUUCGUGUCACUGUCAGUCAGUGUCAAUGUCAAAUUAACAGUCUGCUCAUAGAGUUCUACUUUCUGUUCUGACUGUUCUGAGUGUUCUGUUCUGUGGUUAUUCCAUUCGCGGUGCGGUGUAAUGCAGCACACCGCAUUUAUUUCUCGAUUGAUUAUAUUGUAAGACACUGUUGAUAAGAUAAAUAAUCCAACAUAAUAUUUUUUCACAAUGGCUCAGGCGGGUAUUGAAAAGUUAUCCUUAAAGGAAAUUUUCACGUCGGAUAAGAGAGGUAACGAUGAAACUGGAGAUGGUACAGAGGAGAAGCCGUUUAAAACGAUCCUUCAGGCGAUGCGUAAAGCGGGGAAGGAGCCUUUUCCAACGAUCUACGUUGACUCUAAAGAGGAAGGAAAAGUCUACGAUGUAGCUGCCAAGUCUCAGCUUAAGAAAAUUCAGAAGAUCUGGGUAAGAGAAGCACACAAGGCGGCAGAUAAGGCUAAGCUUGAAGAGGAAACCAACGAGAAGAGGAUGCAGAACUUGGAAGAAGCAAAAAAAAUUGUCAUUAAGAACGACCCAAACUUGCCAAAAGCGACAACUGUGAAGAUUUAUGAGACUCCAGAGCAUCGCAGGAAGCGUAUUUGCGUCCGAGGCUGGGUGCACAGGCUGCGAAGACAAGGCAAGGCCCUGACUUUCCUCACCCUGCGAGAUGGGACAGGUUACUUGCAGUGUGUGCUCCACGGUCUCCUCUGCCAGACCUACAAUGCUUUGGUCUUGUCAACUGAGUCUUCAGUAAUUGUCUAUGGCACAUUGGAGGUUUUGCCUGAGGGAAAAACAGCUCCAGGUGGACAUGAGCUGACAGCUGACUACUGGGAGCUGGUGGGCCUGGCGCCUCCGGGCGGAGCUGACGCCAUCCUCAACGAGGAGGCCCUUGUGGAUGUGCAGCUGGAUAACAGGCAUAUAAUGAUCCGCGGUGAAAACACAUCGAAAAUCCUCCGCGCGCGCGCGGCGGUGACGCGAGCCUUCCGCGACCACUUCCACGCGCGCCACUACACCGAGGUCACGCCGCCCACGCUCGUGCAGACGCAGUGCGAGGGCGGCAGCACGCUCUUCAAGUUCAGCUAUUUCGGCGAGGAAGCCUACCUGACGCAGAGCUCGCAGCUGUACCUGGAGACGUGCCUGGCGGCGCUAGGGGACGUGUACUGCAUCGCGCAGUCGUACCGCGCGGAGCAGUCUCGCACCAGGCGCCAUCUUGCUGAAUACAGCCACGUAGAAGCAGAAUGCCCGUUCAUCACAUUCGAAGAUCUGUUGGACCGUCUGGAGGACUUAGUUGUAGACGUGGUGGACCGCGUGCUCGCCUCGCCUGAUGCGCACCUCAUCCACGAACUCAACCCCAACUUCAAGAGGCCCCAAAGGCCGUUCAAGCGGAUGGCGUACACCGAGGCGCUGGAGUACCUCAAGGAGCACAACAUCACCAAGGACGACGGCUCUUUCUACGAGUUCGGAGAUGACAUCCCCGAGCAGCCCGAGCGCAAGAUGACCGACGCGAUCGGCGUCCCGAUACUACUGCACAAGUUCCCCGCCGAGAUCAAGUCCUUCUACAUGCAGCGCUGCGCCGACGACCCGCGCCUCACGGAGUCUGUGGACGUGCUCAUGCCGGGGGUCGGCGAGAUCGUCGGCGGCUCCAUGAGGUCCUGGGACUACGACCAGCUCAUGGAAGGCUACAAGCGCGAGGGCAUCGACCCGUCCCCGUACUACUGGUACACGGACCAGCGCAAGUUCGGCAGCUGCCCGCACGGCGGCUACGGGCUGGGCCUGGAGCGCUUCCUGUGCUGGCUGCUCGACCGCUACCACAUCCGCGAGGUCUGUCUCUACCCGCGCUUCCUCGAGCGCUGCACUCCCUAGGUGCCUUGGCUACUGCUGCAGCUCAUCACGCCGGCUGAACUGUGCACCGACUUUUAACACAUUCACUGCCGGGAACCCACAUGGUGGGCGCUCGUGAACUUUGUUCAGAUGCCGGACAACCCGCUGGGCGGGUUGUUUUGUACGCAGCUAUAGACCACCGGUUUCUGGGGUAGUGCGCCGUUUUUGUCUGGCAGUGGAUGUGUUAAGUGACCACUAUACAUGUCAUUAUUUCAUAGGAAUAUGACACACUGCCGCUUGACAGUCCGUCUACGAUAACUUUGACUGUUACAUAACGCCAUAGAGAAAUAAGAAGUAGUGCUCACUCCAUACAUCAGUUUUGGUAUCAAAAUGAUUUUAUACGCAGUCGAGAUCUAGCAUCGAGUAGCGGGACUCUCAGUACUGCUACUCGACGAUAGAUAUCGCGGCAA